UUAAUCGUCAUCAGUCGUGUUAAAACAGUGCUUCGGGAUAACGCGUUUGUUCUGAAAAUACAAACAUAAAAGUGCAGUGUUUGUGAAUUGAAUUAUACUUGUGUGACAACAUAAUAAUUUUAUCCUAUGUUAUCUGUGAACCAUGCGAUCAUCACUAUCAGCACAUGAGAGAUCAGCGAGGACUUGUCUCAUCGCCUGACGUUCGAGAUAAAGGAAAUAUAUUUUCGGAUAACAUCAAGACAACUUCAGUUCUGUGUGGCUGAACACGAAAGUGACCCCCAGUUCUCAUUUUUAAAGAUAGAAUCGGGACUGGCUAGUAUUUAAAUUAAGAAAAAAAAUUGAAUUAUUUGUGGCCAGUGAUUGCAAAAAAAAAAACAUUUAAAAUCAGUGACGCGCUCUUUUGCGUGUAUAACUUUGAAGUUAGUGUUGUAAAGUGAACAUUAUUUAAAAAAUGGCAACAACGGGCAGUGAAAUGUGGCUUCAGUGGUUCGCGUGCUGCUACCAGCCAGCUGCGCAGGCGCAGCGCACCCGACGGAGAAUAGACAGAUCUAUGAUUAGUGCGCCUACUAAUUUCCAACAUACUGGACACAUAGGCUCAACAGACGUGGACAUGCCGUCAUCGCUGCUCCACUCAAUUCAGAAUCAGAUGCAGAGCAAGGGUGGCUACGAAAUGGCGUAUGGUGUUAAGGUUUACUGAUGUCAGAACGGUGGGAAUAAGGCCGGACACAGCGGUGAAUCCACACGUUCUUACGAUUAAGAUCUUACAAUAUUUAUUAAAUAAAAUUACUUUAAGUUUAGCUCGUAGUCGUCUUGUACAUACAAAGUCAUCGCCGGUUUCGGUCAAUUGUUAUGAGUUACCUUAUUAAAUGACAAUAUGAGGCACAAUGCUCAUGAUUUUUUUUUCUGGAUUAAGUAACUGUAUACAGUAAAUGUAUUUUUAAUGUAUUUUCCAACUUAUUUUAACUAGUUGUCUCUCUUUAUUAAACGAUUUUUGAUUAGGAAAUUUGCGUUCGGUGCUCGAAAAUCAAAUACUUUUUAGUUCAAUUUUGUCUAAAGUUUAUUUAAAUCCGCCACAAUGGUUUAUAUCCUAUGGUGCCUAUUAUAAUAUAUUUGUUUCCUAUUUAGAUUCUGCUAUUACUGACAAAUCAAGCAGAACACGUCCAAUAAUAUAUUAUCUAGUCUUGGUAAAUUUACUUUACCAUAGAUUUCUUAAUAGUUAUGACAUUACGUUGACGAUAUAUACCUAACUGGACAAAAAUGCGGUGCAUUUUCUUAAUAAUUUAAAUGAUGUUGCAGAUGUAAUAUACAAUUAUCUUGUUAUA